CACAGCUGUAUUGUGUUGUGUGUUACCAUCUUAGAAGGACUGACCUCUUACAGGUAUUUAAACAUCAAUAUCUAUAUUCUUAGAAAUAUUCAUGUGAAAUUAAAUCCUUUUUACCAAAUAUAUCUAUUUAUUCAUAGUAGUAUUUGGUAGGAAGUGCUUUAUGAACGUAUCUGCGCAUUCAUGGGCGUGCUCUAAGGACGACCUCAUUAAGUUUCUUCCUUCGCAGGCUUAAGUGUGUUACUAAAGUCUCAUGAGGAGCAAGUAAGCAGGGAUAUUUCCUUUAAAGCAGUUAACACGUUUGAAGUAUCGAUAAAACCAAGCGUGUAGCGUCUAUUCAGUGCAUGUUAACUGUACAACACAGCCACACAAGACUUCUCACGGAAAGUCGAUCUUGUUAAAUGGCAAAUCGUAUAAACAUUAGAUACAGUUACCUAAAGUAAGUCCUUUUCAUUUGUCAUUCUUCAAUUUCUAAGGAAUCGCUAAAUCGAACUGAUAUUUAUUUUUGGUCCCAAAAUAAUCUACCCUGUAUAAAUUCUCUAUUAUUUAUUUAUUUAUAUUUUUUGCAAUCCGUCGUCUUACGAUUAAUUGAUUGUAAGAUGUUCGCUGCCAAUUGACAAAAUCACAAGGCUUGCACGAAAGUUGUCUUUUAAAUUAUUUUUUUUUAAAUAUUUUUUAUGGAGAAUAAGCUGGUUGCUAGAUCAUCACGAUUGCGAAUGCUUACUAACACAAUUGAAAUAUGCCCUUUUAUAAAACAAUUAACACACUUUAAUUACGCCCUUUCGUAAAUAAAAUAAGUGACUUUAAAGGAUCUAAUAAUCCACAUGCUACUUCGGUGCAGACAGUUUACAUCCUAUUUUGCCUUAUCAAACCUUUAACUCAGUUAAAUCGCAACAAAGGGGCAACACGAUUUUAAAGUAUUUCAUUUAGCCAUAAACUAGAACUAUAUUUUUUUAAAGUAGCGUGACGCAUUUGAUGUCUCUCAUUUCAGGUAGAACGGACAAUAUGCCUAUUAUAAAAGUAGAGACAAACAUUGAGGCCAGCAGGUUUCCAACUAAUUUUCAUGUCCAUUUCACUGCCCUUGGGUCAGAGUUGCUUCAGAAGCCACAGAAAGUAAGCAAUUGCGUCACAACCGGUAUUUGAAAACGAGAGCGGCACUUACCGAGCUGUGUAACAGCAUUCAUUUUAGAAGUCCGUUUACCUACUGACUGAUAUUAAAUGCUAAUUUUUCUUUGAUUAUUUUUAGAAAUUAUUUUUUUUAAAUGUUUGAAUGAAUUUCGUACUUCGACCUAUUAUUGUCCCACUUUCAAUUCUCUUUAUUCAAGGUCAUUUGGGUGGUGCUAGAGGCAGACAAACAGCUCACCAUGGGCGGCACCAAUGCGCCUACAGCGGUGGUGACAGUUGAGUGUAUCGGACGGCUAAAGCCCGAACUCAACCUCGCCUUCGGCACCAAGAUUGAAGAGUAUUUCAAGGAAUUUCUGGCCAUCCCCAGAGACAGGUAACUAGACACUUCCUCGUAUGAAAUAACCAUAACAUUUUAGUCAAACACUAUUGUAAAAUGCGUGAUUAUUAGUGUGUUGGUAGGACGUGGCUGCUUGAUACUUUUUCUGCAACAUUUAAAAAAACAAAGCCCAUAUGAAUUUUUUUUUUUUUCAAUUUGAUUGUGACAGAAUCGUGACGAGGUUUGUGUCAGUGCCAGCUUUGUUCUGUCAGUACGACGGCAAACUUCACGAUAUUGGCGUACAGUAUGAUCAGGAUCUGUAAACAGAUGCAAUCUGCAAAAUAACUUUAUAUACCAUUUUGUAGUUUUUACUGUUUGUAUGACAUACAUCUGGAACUAUAUAUAUAU